AUGGAUAAACAUGGAGCCGCCCCUAUAGACAGCGGAUGGGCAUGGGUGGUGAUGGCUGCGGUUAUGCUGUCCACAUUUUUGGAUAUGGGUUUAUACAAAUCAUUUGGAAUAUUUUUUGUCGAAUACAUUGAGAAAUUUGGAUCCAGUGCUACUAUCACGUCAGUGAUAUCCGGAAUAUAUUUGGGAGGAUACAGCAUUGUGGCAUUGGUGAUGAUGACUUACGGACUGGGCAGGAUCAGUUCCCGACAAUCAGUGAUGUUUGGAGGCGUCUUCCUGUCCAUUGGCUAUCUGCUCUCUAGCUUCGCUACCACAAUACAAGUCGUGUUUGUCGCACAGGGCGUGUUCGCCGCAAUUGGAUCCGCCUGUACACAUGGUCCCAGCAUCGUGAUACUUAGUAAAUACUUCGACAAACGGAGAGGAUUAUCAAAUAGUCUCGCCAUUUCAUGUGCUAGCUUAGGUGGGCUGGUAUUGCCGAUUUUGUUUCAUGCACUGGUGAAAUGGUACAAUCUGAAGGGAGCCUUGCUGAUAACAUCCGGUAUUAUUUUGAAUUGUACUGUUGCUGGUGCACUUAUGCGACCUAUAGAUCAGUAUCAACUGAACGGAAAAUUGAAAAGUGACUCUUUCUCGAAUGGAACUGAAAACGUCCGUGACAAAGAAAAUAUUUCCAAACUUUCAAACAUCAAUACGAAUCAAACAUUGCAUGAAUCACAACAAAAUGUAGGCUGCAGUGGUCCAGAGCAAAUAAAAGGAGAAAAAACAGAUAUGAGUGAAUUUUCCGGAAGUUGUAUAAGUUUAACUCAUAUAGCAAGUUCAACAGUAGAUGUUAAGUUACGCCCCGAAGAAAGUGAUAACAUCAACUCAAAGUGCGUCUUCAACUUCGAAAUUCUGUCUCAAAUUUUUGAUUGUUCGCUAUUCAGAAACAUGAUAUUCAUGAUACUGUUGAUCGCUGGAUGUCUUGGACAAAUCGAAUGUGCCCUUGCACUCAUUUUCAUCCCUCCAUACGCAAAAGAUCAAGGUGUUGCCGACAGUGACAUCCCUUUUAUAGCCGGAACUAUCGGGAUUGCAGAGUUUACAGGCAGGUGCUUUAUUGGGAUGUUUGCGGAUGUUAAGUUCAUAGACAGACACAUGUUGAUCGCUGGGUCGUUAAUUAUCACUGGUAUUGUGACGCAAUGUGUACAUCUGUAUGAUAGUGUGUGGACUUUCGUGGUAUUUGCAGCCCUAUACGGUUUGUUCAGUGGUGUGCUCGUCGCCCUAUAUUCACCUGUAUGUGUUGACCUUCUGGGACCUGACAGCAUCAGAAAAACUUAUGGAAUAUCUUGUUGUUUUAACGGAGUAGUAACCAGCUUGGCGGCUCCCUUCUUUGGUUUUCUGCGAGAUGUAACUGGAUCUUACGAGCUACCAUUCCACUUGAUGGGAAGCUGUGCCAUACUUGGUGGAAGUUUGCUACUGUUAGUACCCUGGGCGAAGCGAUAUGAGGAAAAUAAAUUAGCGAAUUCCAAAACACCACAGCAAUUGCCACUAAUAUGA